AUGCAAGUAUUUCUACAAAAAUUGAUAAAUUUUUAUUUGGAUGCAGGUAUUAAUUUUUAUAAAAAUACUUUUAUUUCUAAUUUUAAAUUAUUUUUAUUAAAAAGAUGUUGUAAACCAAAAAAUAUUACAUAGAAUUUCAGUUCAAAAUAAUUAUCAAAAAUAGAAAAUUAAAUUGAUAAAGAACUUGAUAUUUUUAGAAUUUACAAAGACAUUUUGUUUUUGAAAAAAGCUGUGUAUAUUAUGCUAAGCCAUGACCAAUUAGCAGCCUUAUAAUUAAUGGGAUGCAGUUCUAAUUUUCUUAAGUUAGAUUUAAAUCAACUAUCUGAAAGUAUAAAAAAGCAAGAUGAUGAUCUAAACUACUAUGAACAACAGUUAGCGAUAUCUUUAUCUGAUGAACUUUAGUGCUAAUUUUCUUCAAAAUUUUUAGAAAAAUGUGAAAAUAAUAAAUUAAAUUUAGAUAAGAUCGAUUUAAGAAUACUGCAAUCAAUACAAAAUGAAUUUAUUCUUUGA